AAAGCAAGAUCUACAAAUCUUGGAUCUUGCAAACAAUUUUCUUUCAGGGUCAAUCCCAAAAUCUUUUAAAUUUCUCAAUUCAAUGACCAUACAAAAUAAGAGGCUUGUACCUCUAAGUCUUGAAGAUGGUGGUAUAUUUCCAAAUCAGGGGCUUGAUUUUUUUGCUUUAUGGAAUCUUAUCAACCGUCCAGGCCUACUUUUAUCUGAUUCAAUAAUGAUCGGUAUGAAAGGAAUAGUUCGUGAAUUCAAAGGCAUUCUUUCUCUUGUGAACAUUAUAGAUCUUUCUUGCAAUAAUCUUACGGGUGAAGUUCCAAUUGAAUUAAUGAGUCUUAUUGGAUUGAUAAGCUUGAAUUUAUCGAGAAACCAAUUAACGGGACACAUACAAAAAAAAAUUGGUGUUAUUCAAAGCUUAGAAAGUUUGGAUCUCUCAAUGAAUCAUUUCGCGGGAGAUAUUUCAGAGAGCAUUGUGAUGCUCAGUGCAUUGAGUUAUCUCGACUUAUCCUACAAUCAAUUGUCUGGUAGAAUCCCGACGGGGACCCAACUUGACACUUUUCAAGAAUCAAGUUACUACGGAAAUCCAAGACUCUGUGGAAAACCACUACAUAAGACUUGCGAGGGUGAUGAACAUAAAAUACAUGACGAAGGAGGCGAUUCUCAGGAUGAUGAUGAUUUUGGUUUGUUCCUUGGCAUGGGACUUGGUUUUGUUGUUGGACUAUGGAGUGUAUUGGGGACAUUACUUUUCAAGAGGUCUUGGGCGGCCACUUAUUUCAAAUUCCUUGAUAAAGUGAUAGAUAAUAUAUAUGUAUUUGUCAACGUAAAAGUGAAUCAGUGGUUUAAUCAAUAAAUGACAUAAUUAAAUCAUGAUCAUUUAUGUAUUUGAAUUAUUUCAAAA